UUUUUUCUCUGUCCCUUGACUUGUUAACCUUCAUUGUUCUUCUGCACUGCACGUUCCAUCAGCACCCAAAUUAUUCCCAAAUCUAACGUUAACAACUAAAUAUUUAAUGGGCUUAACAAAGACUGAACACUACAUAUUCGUGAUUCGUUUUACUACGGUAGUUUGAAGGACAGACUAAAGGUGGGCAGAUUCUACCUGUGAGCUUAGUGUAUUGUCCGUGGGGUUGGACUGUGAUUUCAAAUAAAUAGGCCCACCAAUCUUUUCAAUAACGAAGCUUUUUAAUAUUCAUAAUGAGUAUCUUAGCUCACAAUGGGUCUGCUGUCAUUGCAAUGUCUGGCAAAGAUUGCGCAGCUAUUGCUUGUGAUCUUAGGUUUGGAGUUAAUUUGCAGACAAUUUCCACUGACUUCACCAAAGUUUAUCCUCUCGGACCUCGGCUGUACGUAGGGUUUCCUGGAUUGGCAACUGAUAAUCAGACAGUGUUUCAGCGUUUGCUUUUCCGAAAAAACAUGUACGAGCUACGUGAGAAUAGGACAAUCAAACCUCAAACUAUAACUACCAUGUUAUCUAACUUGCUUUACGAGCGCAGAUUUGGACCAUACUUUGUCGAGCCAGUAGUCGCUGGUAUUGACCAUACUACGAACAAACCAUACGUUGCAUGCAUGGACUUAAUCGGCUGUGUAUGUGAGGCCAACGAUUUUGUUGUUAGCGGCACGUGUACAGAACAAAUGUAUGGGAUGUGUGAAACACUUUGGGAGGAUAAUAUGAAUUCGAAAGAGUUAUUUGAGUGCAUUUCACAGUGCAUCUUGAAUGCCCUCAAUCGCGACGCUGUAUCUGGUUGGGGUGCCCGAGUUUAUUUAAUAGAAAAGGACGCAGUCACGAUUUCCGACUUGAAAAUGCGUAUGGACUAGGUUAAUGAAAUAUAAGUUACAUAUUUUGCUUGUUAUACUCUGUUUUUAUUAUUCACACUAAUUUGUGGUACAGAUUUCCACUUUGCAUUUCCUUACUUCCAGCUUUCUAAGAACAGUGUAAACAAAGAUUUUUAAUGUGGGUUUAUAUGUUUAUACUUUGCA